GUUGGGAUGCAUUUUUUCAGUGCCGUACUCCUUCGACAGCGCACGGUUGUUCAGUCGGUUGCUCGAGUCGCUGGGCAGGACCCCCUGAUCCGAAAGCCGCGACCCUUGUCAAGUCGCCUCCUUGGCAGAAAGCAUGCAGGCAGUGUUCGGCACCGCCGCUCCGCAGCAGCACGGUCAAUCACCUCUUGCGGGGAACUUGGGCCCUCAACGCAGCUCUGGGGCGCUCUGCAUGUCGGAGGGCUCCACCCCCGUGCCUCCGGGCUGCCGCGCAGACGGGGCGCCCGAGAGGCUCACCUCUGCGUCGACGGCAGGCGGCGCGCCGCGGGCGGAACCGCUGGGGCGGUGGACUUCCGGCUCCGGGGUGAGCGUUGCGCCCAACAGGAUUCCGGCGGGGUAUUGGGACUGCUCACCGUCGCCGAUGUGCGGCCCACCAGACAGCGUGCAGUGCGGCCGCAGCGUGCACGGCCGCCGCGCAGUGGCGCCGCCGGAGGUCGUCAGCAGCGGUGGCGAGGAGGAGACGGAGGACUUUCCGUCGAAGCUGCUCCUCUGGCCCGACACGGACGACGAGGGCGAACCCGAGGUCAAGUUUGCGUGGGAACUCUGGCCAGUCCAGGCCGCCGAGGCGCACCGCCCGUGCGCCCGCGCCCCCCCGGCGGCGGUUGGGCAGGCCUGGGCACCGCCAGGCCCCAGCGGCUUCGUGAAGCACACCUCGGCACCGCACUCCUGCGAGGGCAGGCGGCAGGCGGCGGGCCCGGCCGCGCCGCCGGGGAGUGCGCGGCGCCCACUGGGCGUCCACGCCGCCCCGGUGGCCGGGCAGGCCGUGGCAGCUCCAGCGACGGCCGCCGGGACACUGCCGCCGGGCAUCCACGGGGUGCCGGCGGCCCAGGGGGCCGGGGCCGCUGCUGCGACCCCGGGCGUGGCGGCGGCCGAUGCCCCCGUGGCGCCCCCCACGGCCCCGGAGGUCCGUGCCCGCGCUGCCCAGGAGUGGAAGGAAAGCCCGAGGGCUCGCCGCGCCGACCAGCCCAGGAUCACCACCCUGGUGGUGCGCAAUGUGCCCGUCCUCAUCUCCCAGCAGGACUUCAUCGACGAGGUCAACCGCAGUGGGUUCGAGGAGAAGUACGACUUUGCCUGGCUCCCGAGAGAUUUCAAGGACGGUUCUGGGAAAGGCCUCGCAUUCAUAAACUUCAAGAGCGUGGCGGCGGCCAGCGCCUUUGCGGUCGCGUGGCACCGCUCCAGUCGCUUCAGCACCAAUGACGAGGCCAGCUUGAAGGUUCGUCUCAACGUGUCCAGCGCUGAUCUGCAGGGCUUGGAGGCUAACAUGCGCAAGUGGACUUGCGCACGGAUGGCGCGCGUCAAGAAUCCAAAUCUCUUGCCUUUUUGUCCUUAGGGAAGCAGGGCCAGAGCUGCGCGCCGCAGGGCCCAAAGCCCCAGAGCCUGACGUUAUCGCCGCGACGGAGCCCCGCCGAGUCCACAGUGCUGCCGCCAGCUGCAUCCAUGUGUGUGUGUGUGUGUGUGUGUGUCAUUGCUUGUUUAAGUUUUGUGUCGUGAGCUGGCGUUACGGGAUGUCGAUCAUUAUUUAUUCGCUUCGCUCAUUCUGCCGGUCCGUAUUGUGCCAUGGCAGGCGUUUGCCUGCGCGUUCGCAGGGGUUCAGGCGACGGGUGGUUGAGGGGCUGCGCAUUUUUACAUUCUGCGCGUCUCGUGCCCCAGGAUCGAGGUGGCGAUUUCCUCCUUGAGGCGAACUGCCGAGGGGAAUAAAGUUGUUGAACCUUUUGUUGCGAGCAUCGGUGGUGACAUCAGUCAAGACUGAAGCCACAUCAUGCAAGGGUGUCGCAAGAUGUGUCGAUGUCUCAAACUGGUGUCGACACGAUGUGUCGCAUCGUCAACGGGUGUCGACACGAUGUGUCGCAUCUCGAACCUGGUUUCGACAAUUGGUAUCGCAUGUUCGGCGUGUGUUGACAAGCUAUGUUCUGUCUGAUCAAGCUGUUAACCAGACGUGUCGAGGGCACCAUUGUUGUUAACAGUGGACGUCCAGGUCAAAGCUCAGUGUCAUCUGUAUGCGUUGGCCUCAAGCGGCAAACGCGGGCCUUGCUCCUCGCGUGGGCGUCAUUUCUGAGGGCAGCGACGCGUAGAUUUCUCAAGUUGUCUAUACUAGUGCACGCCAUUAUACAUUAUACAUUACAUAUGGUCUAUGUGCUGAAUUUGCUUGAACCCUUGACUUGUUGCACACACUUGUGCCUUUGAAGUUUCACUUUGCGUGGCCCGCCAAAAUGUAAAAGCGGUCGCGCACCGUGCGAGUGUGCAUAAUGGAUCGAAGCAAGGAGAAGGCACUCCCAAGACGGGCUCAAUCUGCUUCCCGAAGGCAGCCAAGAAGCCCCAUAAAGGGCCCCA